AGAAGCUCGGAGUGGUGGUUAAGCCACUGGAGAAACCUAGGCUAGUGCUGAAGUUUAUUUGGAUGGAGAAGAACAUCGGAAUUUCACUGGACCAGGUAAUUCCUGGUCAUGGUACGAUUCCGUUGAGCCCCUAUUAUUUUUGGCCUAGAAAAGAUGCUUGGGAGGAGCUUAAAGUCAUGCUGGAGAGUAAAGCCUGGAUAUCCGAGAAACAGACGGUUAUUCUUCUUAAUCAGGCCACCGAUAUCAUCAAUUUGUGGCAACAAAGUGGCGGUGAUUUAGCCUAAACCUUCGCAGAACAAGAUCUAUUGUUUUGUGCACUGUCUGACAUUAUUUUUUUUGCUAUUAUACCUAUUAUGUGGCACAUGUUGUUGUAACUUUUUUCACUCGAAAGGUCAAAUAAACUUAUUCAAUUUGUUUGUUUUGA